AUGAGUGGACCAGUUAAAGUAGUAAAAACAAAACUAUUUAUCGGAAAUCUUGAUCCAGCAACACAACCUUCCGAAUUAUCUGAGCUAUUUGCACCAUUUGGUACUGUACUUGAAGCAUCUGUGAUUAAAGAUUAUGGUUUUGUGCAUUUUGGUUCAAUUGAAGAAGCUGAAAAAGCAGCAGUUGCAUUAAAUAAUAAAGAAUUUCAUGGAAAAAGAUUACGUGUUGAACUUUCAACAAGUACAGUGCGACAUCGACCUGGUCAACCAGAACCAGCUAGUGCUUUACGAAAUUCUCGUGCUCGUGCUGCUGCAAUGGCUAGUGGAAAUGGUUUAUCUCGAUAUAGUCCAGCUGCACCUACAAGUGGUGUUGGUCCAAUGCGUCAUAGUGCAUCAGCAUGGGUUCGUAGUGAUGCUCGUCCAUAUGAUGGUAUUCAGAUGGAUCCGAAUGCUAUGGCUGCUGGUUAUGGUCCAGUAUCAGCUGUCUAUGAUCGCUCGCGUCCAUAUGAUGUUCGAACAGAUCCACGACAUUAUUAUGAAGAUAGACGUGAUAGUGGUUAUGGAUCAGGAUAUGAUGCAUCUCGUGAUAAUUUAUAUGCAGCACAAACAUAUGCUAGUAUGAGUGGAAGUAAUAGUGGACAAGCAGGCAUGUAUUCUAUGCGUGAUUAUCGUGAUUUACCACCACAGGCUCGAACAGAUAAUAUGGGUUAUAAUACAAGUCGAAUGUAUGAUCGUAAUCAGGGUACAUCACCUGUAGAUCCAUAUUAUGGCGGUGGAUUACCUCAAGGACCACCAGCAUCUGUUGAUCCUUAUCAUAUUUAUGAUCCUUAUCAAAAAUAUUAUACUAGUCGACCUCGUGAUCCAGAAUUUCCAGUUGCAACUGCUCAAAAUCCAACAGCACGUGAUUAUGAUGUUUAUACAACUUAUCGUAAUGAUCCAUAUGUAACAGCAAGUGGUCAACCACCACCACCACUUCGACAUGAUUUAGCCGUUGCUUUUCAACAACAACAAACAGGUUAUCCACCAACGAAUCAACAAAGACAACAACAACAACAACAACAACAACAACAACAAGCAUAUGGAACUGCAUCAGGUACACCGACAACUUCAUAUGCACCACCUAUCACUCAAUAUUAUGGUGCUCAACAACGAGCAUAA